UCAGUCAAUAGUGCGAGGGCUCGGCAGGGCCGCGCGUGUGUCACGGGGUGCUUCCUGUUGUGGAAAGCAAAGGAGUAGAAGCUGCUGCGAAAAAGAGGACGGCGCCGCCAUGGGUACCUGCUUGAGAGCGUCGCUCCUGCUGCUCCUUCUCCUGGCUCUGGAAAAUGCCGCCUGGGGACAGCCCACCACCUCCGCGCCCGCGAAGCAAGGAAGCUGUGACCAGUAUACAAAUAAAACCUGUCAGGAGUGCCUGAAAAAUGUCACUUGUUUAUGGUGCACCAGUAACAAGAAGUGCAUAGAUUAUCCUGUUAGGAAUAUCCUUCCUCCCAGCUCUCUUUGCGCACUGAGUUCUGCACGCUGGGGUGUCUGUGGUGUGAAUUUUGAAGCUCUGAUUAUUACAAUGUCUGUUGUGGGAGGAGGCAUCAUUAUUGCUCUGUGUGUUUGCUGUUGCUGCUGCUGCAGGAAGAAAAAGAGCAAAAAACCAGAUAAGGAUGAAGAAAAAGCUGCCAGGGAGAAGGAGCAAAGAAGAGUAAAACAGGAAGAGAGGAGAGCAGAGAUGAAAUCUAGACAUGAUGAAAUCCGGAAGAAAUAUGGUCUGUUUAAAGAAGAGAACCCAUAUGCCAAAUUUGAAAACAACUGAAAUAUCAAAACCAACUCUGGCAAUGCUGUUUAUACACUACAGUUGCUAAACACUAUAGCAGCUGCUACAGCUGCUAUACAUUACAGCUCCUGUAUAUAUCUAGAUGCCUUAAUUACAAAUGGAAGAAAUUCUCCUUGCACAAGAUGAAGCCAGCUGUAAUUCCAGGGAGCUGUUAACAAAUGGAUCAAGCCAAACAUACCUCUGAAAUCCCUACAAGUCUAGCAAACUGCAAACCUUUAAGUUUCUGUUCUCUUCUUGUUUGCAGCAGGUCCUUUGCUAAUACAGUAUCUUGUUUGUAUUGUAUAUUCUUUGUCAGAUCAUGGAGGGGCAGCAAAUGUUUUGUCUUCUAGUAUUUCUCUGUUUGUAAAAUGUAUUUGUUUUUAAUGUAAAGAUAGGAGAGUCACACAAGCCUUAAUUGUUCCACUAUCAGAAAAUGCCUAAACACUGCUGAAUCCAGUUUUUCUACAGCACAGGUUUUUUAAAAAAAUUCUGGGGUUAUAAGGUUCGUACUUUUUAUAUAAAUACUAUUUUUUUUUCAUUUUUAAACUCCAUGCCAAAUAUUGCUCCUUUCUUCUUUCUUGUGCCUUUUAAUUACAUCUCAGUAACUGCAAAAUAUAUUUAAAGACUGAUUGUAUGGAUUUUUAUGCCAAUGGCUAUUUGUAUUAGAAUUUUAAAGGCUCUGCUGUAGUCAAGUGCAUUGAUAGCCCAGUCUAACUACUUUUGCUCUAACGAAAGCACUGUUUGUAAUAUGAUGUUGCCAAAUCCCUGUUGUAUCUGAAGCAGUUGUAAUCUCAGAAAGAAUGUCUGUAAUAGCCAAGAUGGGUAGCCGGGUUAGUCUGUCUGCAGCAGUAGGAAAG